AGAUGUGGCUUGAAGGGUCAGUGUAGUGCCGAACGUGACGUCUCGUGCCUCCCGUGAAAGCCAUGCCAAUGCCGUCCGAUGAAGCGAAGGUGGUUGAGGUGCCAGCCAAAACGGAGAAGAAAUCAAAGAGCUCAGUCAUAGGCCGUGUGGCAGAUUACUUGCCCCAGAGGCUGGUGGGAAAGACCGGAAACAAGAAGACUCCAGAUGGCGUUCUCAGUUCAUGUGUUUCAGUGGUCACUGGCCGUUUCUUGGUACUCACGGACAACAUUGUCAUGGAGGACAAGGGUGCGUCAAGUUCUGCGCGGGAGAACUUGGUGAACGAAUGCACCAACAUGGGUCUUAUUAGUGCGCUGAUGCUCACCAUCGUGGUGCCAAUGGCCUUCGACAACGUCACGGAUUGGCUGGAGGAGGACUACGUUGGAAGUGGUUUUGCUUAUUUGGAUGGCUGGAUCGGACAGCAGCAAGGUGAAGACUCUGUGCAGAGCACGAUGCCGGCCAUACAUGACCUGUCCCUCAUAUGCUAUGUCCUUAGCAGCCUUGGUUACCUUUGCUCAACGAUUGUCAGCGUCAUUGGUCUGCUAUGCGUGGGGGAGAUUGAAACAGAUACCGGUGUUGAGGAGUUCUUGCGCAAUAUUGGCAGCGGAACACGCAUACCAUACCUCUUUUGGUGGAAUGGUGCCUUCUUCGUGAUCCCAUGUGCUGUUCGCUUCACCCUUAGCUGUAAAACGCUUGGAGGCCUCAUCGUCAUGUGCCUGAUUGAGCUCAUCCUGUUGAUUCUCGUCAGCUGUGGCAGCGUUCAUUGGGUUCGGAGUUGCAUCUCCGGACACAACACUGUCCAUGAGUUCGAGGAGUUGCAGCUCUCACUCCAGGAAGCCGAAGAGGAUGUCAACGCAUGGUUUGCACACAACCAGAAUCCCGGUGCAUUGCAGGACUGCCUUCUGGAUUUGGCGGGGCUCAGCGAUGGUAAAGUGAUGAUCAGCAUGGACACUGUGUCUCAACAACGUGUGGCGAUGUGUUUCCAUAAGAAACAUGCUGAGGUCAUUGGUGUUCCACUGUCGCCCCCUGACCUCUACCGCAUGGCGUACCAUGUGAGCCCUCAGUAGACCCACUGAGGUUAUCUGGCCAUGGGUCAAAAAUCCCGUAUACUGCGAAGCGGCAUUCGGCAUUCGCCUUUUUUGACCUCGGUCCGUAGGCGGUGGCAUGCUGCUAUGCUGCUCGGACACGUUUCUGCACAACGUAACGUCCAUUUGCUUAAGAAUAUGUG